UAUUCACUUCACUAUCCCUCUGAACUCGUUCCAACCGAGACUGUGUUAGGGUUUUGCGCUGCGUGAACAACUUCAACAGCAACAACAAUGGUGGCCGACAAGACCAAGAAGCAGAAGGUUUCAGAAAAGAGCGAGAAUCCUGAGGAAAUUGACGGAGACCUUGUCCUCUCCAUCGAGAAGUUGCAGGAGAUUCAAGACGAGCUCGAAAAGAUCAAUGAGGAGGCUAGUGAUAAAGUUCUGGAAAUUGAGCAGAAGUACAAUGAGAUACGGAAGCCGGUGUAUGAUAAGCGUAGUGAUAUUAUCAAGGCUAUUCCUGAUUUCUGGUUGACUGCUUUUCUGAGCCAUCCUGCUCUUGGCGAACUUCUGAAUGAUGAAGAUCAGAAGAUAUUUAAGUAUUUGACUUCUCUUGAGGUUGAAGAUUAUAAGGAUGUCAAGUCAGGCUACUCAAUCACCUUCAAUUUCAAACCCAAUCCAUAUUUUGAGGAUGCUAAGCUUGUUAAGACUUUUACCUUCCUUGAAGAAGGAAUAACAAAGGUUACUGCUACACCCAUUAAGUGGAAAGAGGGCAAGGGAAUACCCAAUGGAGUUGCUCAUGAGAAGAAAGGAAACAAGCGGACUCCUGUUGAUGUCAGUUUCUUUACUUGGUUUGCUCACACUGAGCAGAAAGAUGAUAUGGAUGACAUUCAUGACGAGGUUGCAGAGUUGAUCAAAGAUGAUUUUUGGCCGAAUCCACUUACCUAUUUCAACAAUGAUGAGCCUGAUGAAGAGGAUGGUGAUGAGGAUGAAGCUGAUGAUGAGGGAAAGGAUGAGGAUGACUCUGAUGAGGAUGACGAGGACCAAGAUGAUGAUGAUGACGAGGAGGAGGAUGCCUAGGGAGAAGUUCAUUGUGACAAUCUUACCUUGUUUUCUUUUCUGGGUUAUAGGAAUAUCUAAGUGGUCGUUAGGGGAUGAUUAUAGACAUGAUCAAGCUUUCUGGUUAUCAACUUGUGUCAACAGGUGGAGCUACGAAAGCAAAUUUAUAGUUUUAUCUGUUAUGCACUUUCAGAUACUGAUACAUCGGUUUUAUUUAGUGGUCCUUUUGUCGUGGACUUAAGUAGUAAAAUUGCAAUGUUUAUUGUUGAUUGUAUAGCUGUUUGGUAUUGGUUAGCUUGUAGGUUUACCAUUGGAGGUAUUUUUCGAGUGAGCUAUGAUUAUAUUCAGCACCAUUCCUAUGCUA